CAUUCAAGUGCAUCACUUGAACUUGCUUGAUUUACAUAAAUAAUUAACAAUUAUUUAUAACAAAGAACUUAAUAAAAUGUUGUUCUUAAUUGGUAAAAUGAUGAUGCCGUUGAACGAUUCUACCUAAAUUACGUUAAAGUAGUGCCCCUCAUCUUAAGUCGGUAAAGGCUUGUAUGAAUGUAUUAAGUUACGGUAUUUGAUAUAACAAUGGUUCGUUACUUAUGUGUAACUGGAUUAUACAUGACCCGAACCAUGUAUAAUCCAGUUAGACAUUUAUUAUAAAUUAUACUAUAAAAUCAAUUUCACAUAAAGUUAGGUUACGACAAGUAGAAUAUCGAUGCAUGUAAGUUCCUUAUAGUUUUGAAUCUAACGGAUGUGAUCCUACGAACUGCCCCAACCGAUGUUUUUCUUGGACAAAAAACUUAUUUUCUAUGCGUAUAAUUUGUUAAUAAACGAUCUCGGCUAUUUUCAUAGCAAACUUGUCAGAGUCGACGAAAUUGUUUGAUACCUUGAUUUGGUCAUGACAAAAGCGUUAGUUACGCUUUGUAUCAAAUUAGUAUACUACAUUCGUUUUAUGGACUGCCUGGAUGCCAUAGUAAAAGAAGUUGUUUGUGUUUCGAAGGAAUAAUAAAUUGUUUUGGAGUGUAUAGUGCCUCUAACAUUCAGUGAUUUAGUAAUAAUAAGGAACAGUUAUAAUUUAUUCCUUUAAAAAAUGAUUUCAUUGAAUCAGACUGCAACUAAAAACUUGACAAGAUAAUAAUAUCUUUUUUAGACUUGAGGUGCAGUUGGUGUCGAUUACUUUCCCUUAAGACGUUAGCCUUUGCCUUCCUAAACAGACCCUUAAAAAAUCUCCUGAAUAAAAAGCGAAAGGUUAUUAUAUAUUCAAGUGAUGCACUUGAAUGUCUGAGAACUCACCAGGGUUCUAAAGAUAAGUCGAGUGGCGAAAUAAACACCACUUAGUUUCGUAAGUAAAAGAUAACCUGAUUAUCUAAUUAGGUGAUCGAUUGUGAUGUCCCGCUGUUAGGCUACACCAGCACGGCCCUACGAGUGGAAGCAAAAUGAAGUUAAAAGGCGUGGAGACACGAUUUGCUACUCAGUACACUAGUGGUUCAUUAAAGUGGGCGGUUGAAGCGUAAAAAAAAAUAUUCUAAAAUGAAGUUAAAUUGCACAAUGUGGAUUAUUUUAAGUAUAAUGAUAGUUACUUCCAUAGCAGCACCUGUGCCUCAGGGUUCUGAUGAUGAAAACAGCGGUAGGUAAAUAAAGCUUUUAAUAUAAUUCCUUAUUUCGUUACUGUACUGGAAACAAUUUUCUACCGAAUAUAGUCACAUCCUCGGAGGAGGAAGUGGGUAGUGUCAGACUUUUAUUGACUUACCCUAGCCGCCGAGCUACUAAGAGCAAAAGCAGAAGGCACACAAUCUUGUACACGAUUUCCUAUAAAUGGAUCUCUAGAUUUAUUCAUAAAGAUUAGGGCUCCGAGGUUUUUUAAGAUUUCUGACUGCUACCUGAAGAGCUUUGCUAGUGUCAAUCAUUCAGACUUUUAGAUUUCAAUUAUAUUUUUCCUGCCUAUCCAAAAGUAGUUAGAAGACUUCGCUUUAUUUAGGCCCAUUAGGUCAUUUAGGUAUACUUAUUACCUACUGAUUUCAAUGCUGUGUCCAAUUUCGUGUAUUGUAUGUUAGGAAUAUUAUUUUUAAACAUUCAUCAAUCAAAAUCUGUUGUCGUAAAUAUAGAAUGUUCCCUUAAACAAUAAAGCAUUUAUGAAUCCACCUCGCAAAAUUACGCAAACAGAUUUCUGAGAUAACAUUAGUGGUUAGUGUUAUUUUUCUGCACAGGCCAAAGCGGAUACGGCUCAGUUAGCAGGCUGUGUGCUAUGUUUCAUAUGCAUAAGCCGCCAAGCACUGCAUUCUGCAUGCUGAUGUCGUAUCCUGUUCUGAGUUCCUUAAGUACAAUUAUACCAGUGGGUUAAACGAAAAUUCAAAUCAAUUAGAUUCGUGUUUGCAUUAAAAUAAUCGAAAUCAUUAACAUAUUGGCGCAACUUUUUACAUCCAAUUUUUUUUUAAUUUUAUAUUCUUAAGGCAUCGGUCAAUAACCAAACUUUUCUCAAUUAAUAUUCAACCCCAAAAACUGAUAGAGGUAGCGUAGAUAGCGUUACUCUAUCAAGGUAUAGGUUGUGCAGGAAUACCUGUGUAGAUGAAUUUGGAGACUUCUUCGAGGGAGACAUGAUGUUGUCGGACGAUCAGCGCGAAGCAGUCUUUGAAACGGACGUUAAUGAUAGAAAUGGAAUACGGGAUGUUGUCGCUCGCUGGCCAAACCGUACUGUCGUGUACCACAUCAACGAGGAAGAUUUUGAUGAGAAACAGUUGCGGGCCAUUGAGGCUGCUUUGGCUGAUAUAGCGAAUAAUUCGUGUGUCAGAUUUCGUAAACGUGAGAGCGAAGACGAACGUGCUGUUAUUAUACAAGAAGGUCCAGGUUGUAGCUCCAACGUGGGAUUCAAGUCUUCAGGCCAACAAGUUAUGCAACUAGGAAGGGGUUGUUUUAAGCACGGGACCAUUGUUCAUGAGAUGUUGCAUACUCUAGGAUUCUUCCACAUGCAAUGCACUUACAAUAGAGAUGAUUAUGUCACCAUCGUUUGGGAAAAUAUUAAACCAGGUCGCGAACAUAAUUUCAAAAAGUACGGCAAAGAUGUUAUUAACGACUUCGAUGUACCUUAUGACUACGACAGUGUGAUGCAUUAUCCAGCUACAGCCUUCUCUGCCCACAAAGAAAAAACAAUUAUUCCAAUUAAGGAAAAUGUGGAGAUCGGCCAAAGAGUGGGUCUAUCCGAAGGCGACAUACUUAAAUUAAACAGAAUGUAUUGUGAUGAAACAGAAGAUAAGGAAAACGAAAUUGAGUAUGACGGCGAUUUACUGGCGAUUGGCAAAUAAAUGAUUAACAAUAAAGUUGAUUAAGAUAACGUUAAGUGUGAAAUAAAACUCUUGAAAUCAUAAAAUGAUUUUAAAAUCGAUGUCAAUAAAACUAGACAAGGUACCACUCACACCGUAUUGGAACAAGUGUUUUGUUUUCAGUACAUUUUAUUUAAUUCAUUGCAACAAUGUCACCCAGUCUUGUUAGUUUCGGUAAGGUAUAUUAUUAACUGGUGCAUGGCGCUCAGACAAUAAGAUUACUGGGAUCUGGCGCAACAUCUUUGUUCUCAGCCUAUCACUGUACCUAGAACACUUCAUAACGGUUUAGUACCUGUGUUAGUGUAGGCGCGCACGACGGUACAAAGAACA